GAGGUCUAUUUUAUACAGCGCCUGUACAUGCUUGCUGGGAUUGAAGGGGGGAGGGGCCUGAUCUGAACAGCAGCAGCUAGGCAUAGCUUGUCAUUAUAGGCUUCGUAGCUCCGGCCAGGGGCAACCGAAAGAAUCCACACGGUUCUAGUUAUAUAACUUGUUCGUCUGACACUGGAGAUCUCGUCCUUGUUUAAGUGGUGCCGCGGCGCGUGUCGGUUUGGUUCCCUGUGGAGACACUGUAUUUUUGCGACUGGAUUUCUGGGGCCCUCGACUUGUAGAGGUCUCAUCGCUGCGAUCGGGCGCCCAGCUCGGGCUGCUCGGGAGGGGAGAAUUUUGCUUCAUGCAGAGCUUUCUUGAGCUCUAGUAUGGGUUGGAGGAGUGGCCGGACACUAGUGCAAUGGGAAUAGUCUGCGAGCCUUUGUUCUUUGGUGGCGAUCUCACGAGGAGGAGCUGUAGGAGGAGGCAGGAAGUGGCUUGCCGGAGCUCGAAGGGUGAUUGCGAUCCAGGUGGUGGCACUGGCGACUCAUGCUUGACGAGUGAUCACGAAGCGGCGGCAGCGGCGGCGGCGGAGGAUUGCAGCACGGAGCUUGAAACGGCUCCAAUUCGCGGUUCGUGUAGUGUCAACGAUUCGUCUGCUGGCUCGAGUGGAGGGAGCAGCUCCUCCUGGACAUGGCAGUCGAAUUCUCCUGGGAGAAUUGUUGAGAAUGUCCUAGAGCAAGUCCAGAGCAAGGCAUCAUCGCCAUCAUCCUCUCCGGCAGCAGCAGAAGCAGCAGUCCAAGGAUUUUCAGAAGGGGAGCGCGCAGUAGAGAACUGGCACAAUCUUCUACAAGCCACCGACUUGCGUGACGAUGGAAUCGAGACGCUCCCGUCGCUAGUUUCCGCUGCCUUUCCCUCGGAUCAGGAGCAGCACAAGGCACGGUUUCCGAGCUGGGACAACCGGCCUUCAAAGCUCUCAAGCCAUCAUCAAGCAGACUACGGUUGUUUCAUGCAGCAGGACGGUGCGGCAUUUGGUAGCAGCAGUAAUGUGUUCAGACCACCACCGCAGUUCGUCGACAGUCACAACCUCAGCUUGAGCAGCCAGGGGAUGCUAUUCGAAAGGCAGCACCAGCAUCAGCAGGAAUUCAACAGCUUUUCUUCGCAUGUUUCGUAUCCUCCCGGGGGGACUUUCAACUGUCACGACGGCGUCGCUGUAACUACUGGCAAUUCAAGGAGCAACCUUGAGCUCCUCCUUGGAUCGAGCGCUAUAGAUUUCAAGCAGCCACAGCAGGAAGAGCAGCAGAUUACAAGUCAGUGUCAAGGAGCUUUUGGUGGCAGCUGGAGUGCGAAUGGAAACUUCGGAAUUAAUGGUCAGGCUGCGAGGAGGAAUCACACGGGCGAUGGAGGAGGAGGACAGUCACAGGCGCAGCAGCUACAGUCCAUUUUUUUGCCGGGUCAAGGCAGCUCCAGGAAAUCUGGCAUUAAAACCGUGGAGGAGAUGUCAAGGAGAUGCUCGCUCCAAGAGAACAACAGGGAUGCAAAGCGUCACAAAGGCUCCACCGCGCAAAGGACAAGGUUUGGCGCUUCUUCCAAGAGAGGUAACUCUCACAAGCGGGAACCCGCGCUCAACACUAAUCUUAAGCCGCGAGCAAAGCAAGGUUGUGCUAAUGAUCCACAAAGCAUUGCUGCCAGACAACGAAGAGAACGGAUAAGUGACCGGCUUAAAAUCCUGCAGGAGCUCAUACCAAAUGGAUCCAAGGUCGAUCUGGUAACCAUGUUGGAGAAGGCCAUCAACUACGUCAAGUUCUUGCAAUUGCAAGUCAAAGUUCUUAUGAACGAUGAGUAUUGGCCACCAAAGGGAGAUGGAGAGGAAGGUGAGGAGAGAGCAGCAGUGUCGAUUGGACUAACUACCUAAAGUAAAACCAAAAGAACUUGGAAAGACAAUCAUCUAUCAUUCUCAUUAUCAAUCAUUCUUAAUGUCAAUGAAACAUUGAAAGUUUGGUUUCUUUUUUA